AUGAUUGUUCGCCUCUGUGUGCUCUGCGAUUGUCUGGCAACUAGUGUGGAGGGAGAGGGAGGGGGGGGGGGUCCUCUGGAUGUGGGAAUCGGAGUACAAUGUCCAUGGAAUCGGCCGAGGAAGGCUCGGCGUGGAGCUUCAACGAGAGCGCCAACACCACCGCCAACGGCUCCUGCUCCGCUCACGUCCAUGGGGACGACCUCGGGACCGAGCAGGGCUCGGACGGCGCCGUGGCGGUGCGCAUCGUCAUCUCGGUGGUCUAUUCGCUGGUGUGCGCGCUGGGGCUGGUGGGCAACGUGCUGGUGCUCUACCUGAUGAAGAGCAAGCGCGCGUGGAAAAAGUCCUCCAUCAACUUGUUCGUCACCAGCCUGGCGCUCACCGACUUCCAGUUCGUGCUCACGCUGCCCUUCUGGGCGGUGGAGAACGCGCUGGACUUCACGUGGCUCUUCGGGCGCGCCAUGUGCAAGACGGUGUCCUACGUGACGGCCAUGAACAUGUACGCUAGCGUCUUCUUCCUCACCGCCAUGAGCGUGGCGCGCUACAACUCCCUGGCGUCGGCGCUGCACGGCCGGCGCGGGGGCCGUCACUCGAGUCUCCUCCGGCUCUGGUUCGGGCGAUGCGGCGCGGCGCGCUGCGUGGCCGCCUCCAUCUGGGUGGCGGCUGCCUGCGCCGCGCUCCCCCACGUCGUCUUUUCCACCACGGUGCGCGUUUCCCCCGAGGAGGACUUGUGUUUGGUGAAAUUCCCGGAAAGCGAGGGCACCGGCGGCGUGCAACUCUGGUUGGGACUUUACCACUCGCAAAAGGUCCUCCUGGGCUUCGUGGCUCCUCUCGGCAUCAUCUCGGCGUGCUACCUGCUCCUUUUACGCUUCGUGGCGGCCAACAACGACGCCAACAGGUCGAGCGCAAAGAGACGCGCCAAGGUGACCAAGUCGGUCACUAUCGUGGUGCUCUCCUUCUUUCUCUGCUGGCUGCCCAACCAGGCGCUGACGGCGUGGGGGAUCCUCAUCAAGCUCAACGUGGUGCAAUUCACCUACGAGUACUACACCACGCAGGUGUACGUGUUCCCCGUGUCCGUGUGUUUGGCGCACUCCAACAGUUGUCUCAACCCGGUGCUCUACUGCCUGAUGCGCCGCGAGUUCCGCAAGUCUCUCAAGAGACUCUUUCGUCGGAUCACCGCGCCCGCGCUCACCACCGUCAUCAGGCCCAUCACCGGCACCACUAAGCCCGAGGCGGACGAACAGGGACGCGGGCAGCCUGCGGCGGCGCCCCAGGGAGGACACCAGGACCCCCCCGCGGUGGUGUUCUACCCUCCGGGGGCGGCCAUGUAGCCAGACACACGGCGCGCGACAGACCAGUGAGGUGGAAAAAAUACUUGAGUACACUGUAAAUAAAACGUUUUUUUUUAAGUUAAAAUAGUAAUUUCAGUUGGAACAACUUUUGCUGAGUUGUUUUUGCUUACACUAACCAAGUUGGGGGACAAUACAAGGGACAGUUAC